AUGGCGUCGCGCGACCAGGCGGGGAGCGUACGUCCACGCUCUCGUCGUUCAAUAGCUCAUGUGCAGCGUGGCAUGGACCAAGAAAACGCUACAACCGACAUUACCGCAAUGAAGCGAUUUGCCACCGAUGGAAGAGGCCUGACGAGGGACAAGAAGUCUCGCAGCAAAAGCCUGGGGCCUGGAGGCUUAGAUGCGCUACAGUCAUUGAGUGGAAAUAGACGGAAGUCUACCAUGGCACUUCCUCUCAAAUCUAUUCUCAAACCGACAAUACCGGUGUCACCAAUUCGCAAUAUUCCAUCGUUUGACGAGUCGCGCAGGCAGCAAAAUACUGCGAAGCAAUCGCAGGCUGACGAGGGUAUGUUGAUCGACUUUUCUACGCCAGCGAAGGCAUCUGUGACCGGAGCAGAACAGCUAGACAAUCCAUUCGACGGGUUCAAUGCUUCGUCGGCGAUCCGUGAUGCGAAAGAACGGGAGGAAAAAGAACGAAAGGAGCGCGAGAAGAAAGCGAUUCUGGAACAGCGAGAAGCUCGACGGAAGUCCAUGGCCAGUCGCAGAGUGUCGUUUGCGCCUGAAGCUACGCUGCACACUUGGAAUGUUGUAGAGCUUAUAGAGGAUUCAACGUCAUCAUCUGCCGCUAAUUCGACUAGACGCGCAUCCACCUUAGCAAACUCUACCAACCAGGCGCCUGCUGAAGCUCCAGAAGCAUACGAAGAAGAUCCCGAUGCUGCAUUCUCCCCUAUACAACCUGGAUUACAUCAACAACCAAGCGAACUAUCCUCAAGCCCGUUCAGUGGUAGCUCUGUUGGGGGCAGCGAUGGCACGCAGAGUCCGGCCAAGGAUAUGGAUGAUGCAGACUCGGAUAGCGAGGAUUUUGAUGCCGAAAGUACCGCAAUGAGUCUGGAUGAUAUUACGGCUCGAACGAGUGGCACGACGCCUGUGGAUGAUAGCACAAGUUCAAGUGAGCGCCUAAAUGAAGCGUUGCGACAAGCGGCACGCGAAGCGGGGACAUCGGGCGUCGGGAUUGAAGAGGAUGACGACGUAUCGAUGGAAAUUGCGGAUCAAGAAAUUACAGGUGCAUUCAAGCCGUGGAUUCAAAAGGGACAACGAAUCAGUUUCGAUAUGGAGGAUAUGAGCGCAAUCCACGACCAAGAGAAUAUCAAUCCUUAUCAGCAUUCUAACAGUUACGAUCACGCUGACACCGACGAUGAGGCUGAGGACGAUUAUAAUGAGAAUGAAGAGCUGAGCAUGGAGAUUACCACCGCUGUUGGGAAAAUUCUCGGCAACUCUCAGAACAGCCGAAAUUCCAGAAAAUCGAUAAGCGAGCAGACAAAUUACGAUGAACAAACGAUGGAGCUGACUAAAGUCGUUGGGGGUAUCGAACAGCAGCAAUCUCCCACGAAAUCAGACAUUGACAACAACAUGGAGGAGAACGAAGAUAUGACCAUGGAGUUUACGUCUGUUAUUGGUGGAGUCCUUAGCAAGCAUGUACCUGGCAUCGCCAGAGCCAAUGAUGGUAUAGUUGCCGAGGCGCAAGGCCGUGAGGACACUAGUCGUGACUUUUCUGAAUGGGGAAGCGAUGAUGGAGAUGACGAUGCAGGAAUGGAUAUGGAAUUUACUGGUGCAGUUGGUGGGAUUUUGUCGCCUAUCAUGGAGGAGAGAACAGGGUCUCAAGAUGGGUAUACCGCUGGCAUGGACAUCACUGCAGCUGUAGGCAGGAUUCUUCCGCCUGGACUAGCUACCUCCGACAAGUCUCAGGCGAAGCAGCUCAUGGAAUUGGAGUCUGAUUCUGGUCAGCUGGCCAGUUCACCUUUCCAACUUCAAGUGCCAGCAUCUCCUCCCAAACCUUUGCCGGCUCAUCAUAUCGCUCCUAUCGCGUCUGAAACUGGAAGUCCCAGCCUUGCUAGUGUUCGUUCUCGUCGCACAAGAAGAAGUUCUGCAUCACCCGGAAUUCACCUGUCACCGUCACGACAAGUCACCCCUAACAAGAACAAGCCUCGCACGCCAUCAAAGCAAGCAACGCCCCAGCCCCCUCGUCCAACAACUCCUGGGAAAACGCCACCUUCUAGCAAUAUAUCCUUCAGAAGCGCAUCCCCCAAGAAGCUCUUCAGGGAAGAAAUCAAAGCUUCAGCAUCCAAGGCACAAUCACCUGGACGUCGAAGCCUUUUUGAAGCCAGUAAAAAUGGCGACUCAACUCCGGCUUUCAUUUUACGGCCCCACCCAAGGCAGUCUUCCGGGCUAGGUAUUGAUAAAAAAGGCCUCGGUUCUCCAAAAGUGGCUGAAAUACUUGAUCGUCGACGCUCCAUAGGCGAGGAUGCACAGGAAUUUGUUCCCCAGGAGCCAUCACCCAGGCGAAUUCGCUUUGAAGAUCCUAUUAGGCUUCACGAGGAAGUCGAUCGAGAAAAGGAGGAGGAGGAACAAAGAGAAGAAAGGAAUUCCGCUUUGCAGGUAUCUGAACUUGACCCUACGUCGAACUUGAGAGACCUCAUAUCAAGCUUAACGCCAAAGAAGCGACAGAUUCGAAAGAGCUUACAUGUUGGUGCCGCGAGGGGACUAUUGGGAAAGCGCCCAGCUGAGCUUGAUGAUGAGGAGGAAGAUGAAUCUCCUAAAAGAAUCCGUGCUGCCAAUGCAAGCCCUGUCAAACCGAUUAAACUUCCUGCGCCCCCAUCAAAAGACGAGACAGUGCGACGCGUGACUCGUAGUUCAGUGGGCAAGUCGUUCGACCUUUCACCAGCUAAGCAAGGCAGUUUUACUCCACGAGGGCAACCCCCUACUCGGGUAGAAAGUCCACUGAAGCUCAAGAGUCCUGCCCAAAGUCUGCACGGUCGAGAUGGCGAAGCAACACAGGAACAGGAGAUGGAAGGUGAAGCAGUCGUUGAUGAAGCUCACGGUGCCGCCGACGACGACUCGGAAUGGGAGCCAAUUCAAUUACAAGAAUUCCUGAAUUUGACUAAUAUCCAUUUCAUGGAGCUGACAACUACCAAGCGAAGGCAUACUACGGUUGCAGGAAACGAUAGGACGGCCGACAUCUCAGGUUCUCGUACAGUAGAAACAGGAAGCGUUAGCUUGGAGGACUGUGUUGCAGCAGGCUUCUGCACGGUGCCAAUGCUCGAAUUGUAUCAACAUUCUUGCCGAGAAUUGAAAUCAUACAUUUCCGAAGGACGUCAGAUCAUUCGCUCUAUAGAAGAAGAAACUUUGGCAGAGAACCCUCCGUUGUUCCGCGAAUAUGUUACUGCGCGACCUGAUAUUCGACUUCUUAUGGAUAAUCAGUUCCGCAACGUGAAAACUCACGCUAGACUUCUUAGCAAGGCUAUGUGGUAUGAAUGGCGGAUGAAAUUGCUCGAAGGCCUCAAGGAAGGAUUGGACCGUCACGUUGAAGAGAUGCAAGCGGAUGACUCUCUACUCUCGCAACAGGAGGCCAUUCUGCAGAGCGUGGUUCCUGAGCUUGUCGAAAAACGGUCCUUGUUAGACUCCGAGGCGUCGAGAAUGCAAGAAAUCGUGGACGAGAUGGAGAAUAUCGAUCCGGAUGAAUUGCGCAUGGCUCGUGAGCGUCUUGCUAAGGCUGACGCUGAGGUUGAGAGGAAGAAGAGACAGUUGGAACAAAUGCAGGAAGAUCUACAAAAUAAGAACGACACGAUCGAGGCAGGUACUGAGUUGAAGACCGAAUUCUUGGAACAGAUUCGUGAAGCGGAGAGAGUACGCGAAGAGUGCAGAGGCUGGAGUAUCAAGGAGGUGAACUCUCUUAAGGACUCCGUCCAAAUGUUGGAGGUUCAGACUGGUUGGUCUAUUGUCUCGGCUAUGACACAGGAGCUUACUGGACCUGGGAUGACUCUGAGAUACAAGGACGAGCUCGAGGUGAAAUUCUACCCAAAGCUGUUCAAGUCUGGCGAGACAAUGGAAGACAAAAGUUUGUCCUCUUUUGAGCUUGCAUAUCAUUCGCGCAAUGGGGGGCAAUCCCAUAGUCUCCCACCUACAAAGUCACUCAUCUUCUCUCAUUUACUCAGUGCAGUUAAGUCCAUACCGCCUUCAACUCCCCUUAAACAAGUCUUCAAAUUUCUCUCCGACGCUUGGGACUUGACAUAUCGAUUUGAAGAAGAGACUCGCGUCCUCAACUUCCACGGCGUCACCAAGACCGCGGUCACCGACGCUGCCGAUGUUGGUACGACUUCACGUGCUAGAUGCAUUCUCAUCGGCAUGGUCGAUGGAGGAGAAGGACCGAAACAAGCUCGAAUUGACGUCGAUUUCCGACUGAUGCCUAAAGUCGAUGGUGUGAAGGAGGAUGAUUCCGAUGCGGUUGUUGAGAAGCUGCGAUUAUACACAGAUGUUGCUGUGAGCAAGGUAUACGGGUUCCCUGAAGAAGCAUCACGCAAGAAGAUCCUGUCGGCCGCACAAAUGCGAGAUGUUAUUCUACGCAAGUUGGGACAUAAGGGCAAAAGAGCCGAGAUGGGACCUGGCUUGACGGUCAACUUGGGGCAGGGAAGCUGGGGUAAAUCGGUACAAGAACUGGCGUUGAAGGUGUUUUCAUGA